AUGGGUCGCCCGGCUAGAAUCAACGGAAAGCGCGCUGCUCUCUUGCUGCGUAUCAUGCCCGAGUUGCUGGCCAUCGAUCUUCAAGAGAAACCUAACGGACAGAAGGCAAACGAGGAUAGGCACGACUUCUACGACAACGCUGUCCGGUUGCUCGUGCUUUGCUUCGGUGUGGCGAAUCCGCUAACCAACGACACGCCGGAUAACGACUGGUUCACUGUGGAGUACGCCGAGAUCCCUGCCGCUGGCGAGAUGCCGCCUUUGCCUGCCGAGGAAGCCGAGGAAAGGGACAAAGUUAUCACCAGUCUUACUUUGACGGUUCGCAAUUUUUACAAGGACAAGCGCCAGAAAAUGAAGGCCGGCGAGGCGAAGGCGAUACUGACGCAGAGGAACGUCGAGCGUGUCGUAGCAGCCAUGGCCCCGGAGCCGAAGCCGCCCAAGGAGUUGGACGUGUAUCAAAAGUUCUUCAAGGACCGCUUUCGCGACGCCUUUGAUAAGGCGUGGAAGAGGCGGGAAGAUGAAGCGGGCGGGGAUGGAAAGGUCCUGGCGGCGCUGAAGAAACGUCGCGGCGGACAGUUGCGCGUCUUUGCACGCAAGCGCUGGGAGUGCGAAAGCGCUGACGUGAAGGCAUCGGUGCGCACGAAAUGCGCGGAGUUGCAUGGGAAGCGGACCGAAACUCAUCGCGCCCUCUGGGGCGCCCCAAACGAGGCGUUACCCAACUCACGCAUGUGGGUUCUUCCCGAAGCUGCCGAUUUUUUCGAAGGCGUUCUAUCGUGGGCGGCUGCGCGGUUUGGCGUUGCGAUGGCGCUUACCAUUGCGGGUCCUACAGAUAGCGGGGAACCCGCUGAUACGACACUAUAUGCAGCCGGAGACUCGAAACCAGGAGCGCCGACCUUGUCCGAAUUUGCGUCGGCUAGCUUGCAGCCGGCCAAGAUACGCUUACGGCAGUUUGCGCGCGAUAUGCUUACAGGUCAAGUCCCGGUUUUGGCCAAAAACGACGACGCGGGCGAAGCAACGAAGCCGGAGGGUGAGGAGAUGCAGGAGGACGAGAAUGAGGAAGACGUCGGGUUGGACGGUGAAGAUUUUGCCGGCGAGCUUGCAGGGCUGGACAUCGGUUCGGGACCGGAGAACGACAGUGAGGAGGUGCCGCAACGAGGCAAAAAGACGGCCGGGUCGCGGAAAUCAGGAGCGGCUCGCACCAUCGACUUGGAAGAUGAACAGGACAUGGACGACAUCGACCUACAGCUCGCCUCUCCGAACAUUCAGUCGUGGGACGAGCCUGACCUGGGUGAGGAGGUGGAGGAAGCGCACGCAGACGCGGCGCGGGCCAAGGGCAAACGUAGGGCGGCGCGGGCGGAUAGCGAUUUCGAGAUGAACGCUGGCGAUGAUGAGUACGAUGGGCACGACGACGAGGAGGAAGAGGAGGACGACGGAGAUGUAGACGAUGGCAAGGGCAAAGGAUCCGCCGUCUUCCGCGACUUUGAAGACGACGACGAAGAUAUCUUCGGGUUCGGGUUCGGCCAGUUGGGCCGGGCGGCCGGGCCGGGUUGGUCGCAUGUGAAAAGGCGCUUGAGCUCGACGAGCAGCUUUGGGCAUGGGAGCGGUUUCGACGACGCAUCUCUCAAUUGUCUCGAGAGCGACGACGAGUUGUUGAGGAGCAGGGUGGCCCUGGCAACGCGUAAUGCGUACGGCGGCACGACGUCGCCGUCUACAGCGACGUCUGACUACGAAGGCCGCGCCUUGGGGGGGAUAGUGGGUGAUGCUUCCGAGGACGAGGAGGUCACGCGAGGCGGUGAAGGAACGUCGGAUGAUGAAGCGAUUGUGGACAAGAUGUUGGAAGCGAGAUAUGAAGAUAGACGGCAAAAGCGAACGGUGGACAAGUCGUCGCAGGAGACGCGGCUCGGCGGACUAUCCCGUGCGCGCGCCAGCGCGAGUCGUAAAAAGGAGGCAACGGGACUUCGCACUGCUGGUGAACAAGACGCCCCUGUGGCCAAGGUCGGCGCGGGCAAAGUUUCCGGCACGCGCGAGGCGAACAAGAAAGGGAAGAAAGGGAAGGGAAAGGCGAAGAGGAAGGACGCAGGCGCAGGGAUCGGGGAGACUGGCGCGGGUCCGGUUGCGGGCAAAAAGCGGGCGCUUCGUACCGCCAGUCGUAGGCGUAUCACGUCUCCGAUAGAGAGUGACGUUGAAGGAGGCGAUGAUGGGCAAAAGACCAUCCGGCAGGCACGAAGCGCUGAUGCGAGCGUUGGCGAGACAGCUGGGGAAGUUAACAAAGCGUGUACGCAGGCAUGGCUGCAUGAACAUCUGGAGGGAAGCUUGGAUGUGGGACUUGCAGCCUGGAGGUCGUAUAGCGGCGGCCGAAACGUCGCGGGCUCGAGACGCGAGAAGGUUGUGGAGAUCAUCAAAACGAUGGCGCCAGCGCUGCGCGUCGUAUACGCGGACCUUGUGGACACCAUGGAGGUGCUGCUGAAGAUGGACGAAUUAUGGGAUAUGGGAAAAGGCGGACACCUCGACAACGCCAGCCGGCCGAAGGCCGUUACCGUUAUGAUCAACCAUCGAGGAGGUUUGCUUGGAGCGCGUGACUGUCCUCGCGGAUGGGGAAAAGAGGUCAAGGAGUGGUGGCUAACGCUGCAACCGGCAGCGCGAGGCGUCGACGUAGACAUCGCGCAACUCAUGCCGCCGACAGCAGGCAUGGCGUGGGGGAGUUUAGUAGAAGCCCGCGGUUACAAGGGCGCGUUCUUGCUCGUGUGGUGCAUGAUGCACUGGGCCAGGUUCGACAGCGACAUGGAGGAGUGGCGGGAGGUGGCGGAGGACAUGACGGCUGUAUUCAAGCUGCUCGCGCGCAUCAGGCAGAGCGGUGGCGAUGGCGAUGGCGGCAGCGCGGCGGGCAGUGCCCCGCCCUCGCGUAACAAGCGUAGGGCAGAGGAUGAAGAGCAAGCGUCGGGCGGCGCCAAAAAGGUGAGGGCGAUUACGCAUACCAAGGUCAGGCGGUAA